AUGCCCAGGCCGGGGAAGAGUUCGUACAGCGACCAGAAACCGCCCUACUCUUACAUCUCCCUGACGGCCAUGGCCAUCCAGCACUCGGCCGAGAAGAUGCUGCCUCUGAGCGACAUCUACAAGUUCAUUAUGGAGCGGUUCCCUUACUACCGGGAGCACACCCAGCGCUGGCAGAACUCCCUCCGCCACAACCUCUCUUUCAAUGACUGCUUCAUCAAGAUCCCGCGGCGACCCGACCAGCCGGGCAAAGGCAGCUUCUGGGCGUUGCACCCGGACUGCGGGGACAUGUUUGAGAACGGCAGCUUCCUCCGCCGCCGCAAGCGCUUCAAGGUGCUGCGCCCCGAGCAUCACCUGCCCGGCGGCGGCAGCAGCGGGGGGCGGCGGCGGUCCCGGCAAGCCCCCGGCGCCCACCCCGCACAUGGUGCACUACUUCCAUCCGCACCCGCCACCGCCUUCUCGCCCUAUGGGAGCAGCCAGCCCUCGGGCUUCAAGCAUCCCUUCGCCAUCGAAAACAUCAUCGGCAGAGAUUACAAGGGUGUGCUGCAGGCCGGCGGGCUUCCGCUGGCCUCGGUGAUGCACCACCUGGGCUACCCGAUGCCCAGCCAGCUCAGCAGCGUGGUGAGCUCCGUGUGGCCGCACGUGGGGGUGAUGGACUCCGUGGCCGGUGUGCCCGUGUCCCCCGACUACGGACCCUUCGGCAUGCCUGUGAAGGCGCUCUGCCACCCGCCGGCACAGACCAUGCCCGCAGUCCCGGUGCCCAUCAAGCCGGCCCCGGCGUUGCCCGCUGCCUCGGCCAUUCCUACUCUCACGGUCGCCGCCUCGCAGAUCUGCCCCGCCGCUUCCCCGGCUGCUGCAUCGCUGCUGGAACAGACCGCGAGCAACAACCCCGAGGGCAAGAGCUCCCUCCACUCCGUCCUGGUGCACUCCUAA